CAGAAAACUAAGAAGAUAGGCAAGAACUUCAUGCCCGCCUACUCAAAUAACCAAACAAGAAAGAGAUUUGCAAACAAAGGGUAUCUCAGAUCUUUGUGUAUCUCAAAGGCCCAGUAAAGGAGGGUGGAAAAGCAGCCGUCUUUCAUUUCAGGCCUUUUUCAAAGGGAACUGGCAGACCCAAUGUGAAUCCAGCCUGAGGAGUUUCUAGUUUCUGGUUAAAGAGAGUACGGCUGCCUUGCUCUUGUUUUGUGGCCUGUAGGUUCAGAUGGUUUUAAUGUGCAGAGGGUUGUGGUGCAGAGGGUUGGUGUACACAUUAAAUUCUCCAGAAUGAUGACUGUGUGAGGCAAAACCAUCCCGUCUGGGUUGUUCCCUUCUGAGCCCCAGGGACACUUGGCUCAAGGCUGCUGUGGUUUGGUCCCUUCUGCAGACUGGUGCCUACCUGGACGCUGAAUUUUUGCUCCCUAGUAGCGUUUUGAUGAUUUCAUCAUUGCAAUCAAACAUCUUUAUAAAGACCAAGUACCAUUUCGAUCCUAAGAAAUUAAUUGUGCAAGACUGGUAGCAGUUGUGCCUGAUAGAUUGGACAUGUAUUCAACCAAGUUGCCGUUUUAAGCAGGUGGAAACAGGAGUUUUGUUGUUUUCCAUGGGAACUGGAUUGCAGUAGAAUUUAAGGAGAAUUUUCUGGGAUUUUGCUCACAGUUUGGAUUUUGAACCCCAGUCCUGCAUUCCUACAGGAUAUCAGCAUGAAUGAUUGAUUACGCAAUCAGUUCACGGUAUGCUGUUCCUCCACCGACAUCACAGCCAAACUAUUCGAGCACAUACACCAUUAUUCAACAGCCUGCCACCACCACUUCUGUAGUAGUAGUUGGUGGCUGUCCUGCCUGCAGGGUUGGCGUGUUGGAGGACACCUUCACCUGUCUUGGUGUUUUGUGUGCCAUUGUAUUCUUUCCAAUUGGGAUUCUGUUCUGUCUUGCACUGAGGCAGAGAAGAUGCCCUAAUUGUGGGGCAGCUUUUGGCUGAGGGGAUGAACGUGGACGUGCUUAUGGAAGCUACAACUGUUAGCAUACUCUUUCUAAUGUAAAUGUCAUGUACAAUCAUUUUAUUUGCUUCAGACCUGUUUUGUAAAGUGUGAAGAAAUUUAGUCUCUUGCAUGUAAUUUAAACUUAAUCUUUUAUGAGCAUGUGCAUUGCAAAACAUGAAAACCCAACUUGUUUUCCAUGUUUAGUGGCACCUGUUGAAAACUAAAUAAAACUGCUUUUCCUUUUGCAAUCCUCAA